CUCGAGUUGUCGGGACAUUAUCGAACGAAACGUAAUAAACCUUCAAAGUCGUUCUCUAGUGUAGAAGUAUUUCUUUCAAAUUUAAUAACAAUCUUUUCUUGCUAAGAGUUAAGUUAAAGUAAUAGGUAUCUUAAUUUACCAGAUAUUGCUAAGCCAGUUUUUGUUAUAUAUAUUAACUUAGUAAGUUAAUAAUAUAAGGUUCAUUGAUAGAAAGUGUUUUCUUCAACUUUGUUCAAAUAAUUGGUAGGAUGGCGUGGAUGACGGUAAAUGAAGUUUUCCAUGAUGAGAUCACCAGGUUGAACAGCAACCUGAUGCCUCCUGGAUUCCGCGGAGAUGCCCAAACCAUUAGAAUAAUGCAAGAGGGCCUGGUAAAGUGGAUCGACACACUCGGUGAAAUGUCAUCUAUUGCUCAGGGCCUCAACAAAACAAUCACGUCAGCCGACAAACUUCAAAUGUCUCCAACGCACACACUGUACCUGCUCAAAGAUGCAAAUGAUGACGACGGGGCCGGGUCGGUGAUCGGCAUGUUGAAAGUGGGUCACAAGAAGCUGUUCCUGUACGACCGGAGCGCGCACGUGCUGGAGACCGAGCCUCUGUGCGUGCUCGACUUCUUCGUGCUGGGGCAGCGGCAGCGCCACGGCCACGGCAAGCGCCUCUUCGACCACAUGUUGCAAGAUCAGGGGGUCUCGGUGAAGCAGCUGGCCAUCGAUGGCCCCUCAGAAAACAUGUGCAAGUUUCUCCGCAAGAACUACGGAGUAGAAGAGCUGGUGCGCCAGUCUAACAACUUUGCCGUGGCCCCGGAGUUCUUCCAACAGGACUCUGACGAGAUCAGGGACACGGGCCGCAGCACCCCGGCGCUGGUGCAGGGCGCCGUGGGCCGACACUCCGCCAUGAAGCCGAAGUCCUCUAUCGGGAUGGUAAUACACGGCAGUGAACAAAACAUGUCUGCCUACGGAGCCGCCGGACCACACGUAUACCCGGAUGCUGGUCCGGAGCCAGAGGAGCAGUGGGCGGACGAGGCGGCGGAGACGGAGGUGGACGCGCCCCCCCCGCGCCCCUCGUCGCUGGUCAUCGAGGCCCCGCCACCGGCCCCCGCCCCCGCGCCCUCCCCCGGCGCCGGGGCGGCCGCCCCCCGCCGAGACUCGCAGGUCACCGACCAGGGGUACUUCGACGUCAAGUUCUACCACAACAAGCUGUGGUAGACCUCCCGUCACCCGGCCCCGAUAAAUACGAGAACGCUCAUAUUUGCUUCUUCGCUGGACUGUUACGAUCCUCAUAUCUUCUUGUGUCUUCCAUCGGACUCGACUCUCCUAAUGUUUUUCCAACAGACACAUAACUCCGUCAAUAGUAUAAUUAUGAUAUGACUACGUAUAACAAUAUCUUUAUACUGUUAGCUACACUACACUACACACGUUUAACUAAAUUGCACGUUUUAAAAUCCGUCACUUAAAAUUACCUGUUGGCUUUUUCACAGUCGAAAAUCUUACACGACUCAUCUUGAUAAUGCUCUUGUUUGCUUAAAAGUCACGCGAUAAAAUUCAUCUUUGAUCACUCGACUCACUAAAACUUACUAAUGGUAUAUCUUAAAUUGGAAGUACCUAUCUACUUAUGAAAAAAAAACUUACACAGCAUUUCGUACUUCAUCUUUCAUAUCAUCCAAAAAAAAUUAUAAAAAAAAACAAAAAAAUUUUUGAAGUCAGCACGGUAGUUGUGCUGCAGCUUCACGGUAGCCUUCAACGCCUUCAUUAAUUAAGAAGUAGUUCGUUGUAUCGCCCCCCCAAAAAAAUAAUAAAAAAUACCAAAAAAAUAUUAUUAUUUGAAGUCAGUACCGUAUGUGCUGCACCUUCACGAAGCCCGAAGCCCGCAUAGCCUUGAUGCAAGUAGUUCGUAACAUCCCCCCCCCCCGAAAAAAAAUAAAAAAAUACCAAAAAAAUAUUUUAUUUUGAAGUCAGCAUGAUAGUUGUGCUGCACCUUCACCACCGCCCUCAUUGCCUUGAUAAGUAAGUAAGUAAGUAGUUGUAUUCCUGCGCCCGUCGCCCCUCGCCCUCCGUGCCUCGCUUCAAGCGCGAUCCUCGGGCCGCGAGCUGCCUGCCUUCACGACGCCGCUUCCAGACCCCGAUGUCCUGCCGUCCCACUGUGACCAGCACAUCGGAGUCUUUACAACGGCGCUCUGAAACAAAAAAAAAACAAACACCUAGAGGCACCGCCUGACUUGCCUCGCCCGCGCAUGGCGCUUGAAGCACCACUAGAGGCCCUUUUUGGCUAUUUCAAUUUUUAUCCUUCCCUUCCCUUUAACUUUUUCUUUCCUUUUUUUCCUUAACUUCCCUUCCCUAUCCACCCCCUGUCCCCCCUUACUGCAGACAUCCCCCUCACAUUUCUCUAAUUUUUGUCGUUUCUCACAAUCUGCAGUUCCACACCCAAUGGUCCCCUCGCACUACCUAUUUAAAUAUAAUUAUAUUCAAAGCACGUACGACAUCUAUUUCAACACCUUAAAUUUGGCACUGGACUUGCUCGUUUAUAAAAAAUAUCUAAAUUCUGACUUUUUUGACGUCGCCAUAAAAUAUAACGGUCCAAGUGCACUAUGAACUCUUCGAUUCUAUGCUAAGUGUUACUUAGAGCUAUGAAUCUGUUGCACCCUUGCCGAGACACUGAACUAAAGAUUGACUUGUUAACGCGUUGCCUGUCACCGGGGGUAGAGGCGGGAGGGAUCAUCCGGGAUGACAAAGUUCCAACUGACCGAACCGACGCGCAAUGUUUGAUAGCCCGAGCGACAAACGGACUUGUAUAAUUUGACAUCCGUGUAAGUGAUAACAAAAAAUAUUCCUUACGCAAACUUUUUCGUAUCGGACUGUCUCACAUUGUUCAUUGAACCGAAGGUGUGUAGCUUCAGACGGCUGCGCUACCACCGGUGACAGUAGGGGCGUUAUUAUUUCAUUUUCAAUAGACAAAACUACCGGGUUAAAUUGGUAAAAUUCUAAAAUAGACCGAGUAUUUACGUAUUCUGAUAUCUAAAACACAGGCUGCAUUAUAGAUUCACUUGGACCAGCAUAUUUGAUAUAACUAAUAUUGUGAUAAAUACCAGUCUUGCAUUUAUGACGCGUUGAACUCAUUGACAUCUUUUAACCGCCGAAGGGUUAAAUAGAGUUUCAGCGGCCGACCCUGGGUCGGGCCACCACCCCGCUGAUGCGCUCGGAACUUCAACACACCACACCCUGACUAAGACAUCUUUCUGACUCUGACAUAGGAUAAGAGAGCAGCUAAAAAUCCGCCUAGUAUUUAAGCAAAGUCUAAUUCGGUAUAAGUAUAGGCUAAGGCUAGUAUGUAAAUCCUACGUGCAUUUCUUUCUCCGCAAUACCCUUAUCUUAAUAACUGUAAUCGGUGUCUGGAUGUUAAAUGUUUAAAUGUUCUUUUGUGUCGUAAAGGUUAUUUAAAUGUGACCCGGUGAUGAUUGUCUGGCGCCGUAGCGCCGUGUUUCACUGCCACAAUCAUCACCAUCAUCAUCAACAAUAGAUACCUCACCACUGGCCGUGGGCUUGUCGCGGCCACUGGCUCUACCGUCAAGAUGUGUACGUUAGGCUAAGAAUGUAACGUAGGCUUAGGUAAGGACAUGUGUUAUAACCUGAAAUAGAAUAAUGUCUACAGAUACUGCGCAUAGUUGUAAGGCACCGUCAGCACCAUACCUGUUUUUAACCAAAUACUAACUUUAUGAUUUGUUGAAUUAAUUGUAAUAUGUUAUUAUUACGGUUGUUUGUGUUCUUGUAUCGUUUGCCACUCGACUAAGUGGAUUAUUGUUGUUUUAAAAACGUAUUAUCGAUUUACGUUGAAAAAAAAACAGUGAUUAAUAUAAUUUAGAUUUCAUUAAAAGAUAAUAUAUCAAUUAUAGUAUAAUUUGAUAUGAUUUAAAAAAAAAAUGUAUAAUUUUGAUAUACUUAAUUUAAAAAAAAAGUAUAAUGUAUAUUUAAAUUUUUUUAAAGUAUUCAAAUUAAUUGAAAAAAAAAGUUAUCAAAGUUAAUUCAAAAAUUUAUUAACCUUUGUUUAAUUAUGAUAUCAAUUAAAAAAAAAUGUUAUGAUUACUUUUCAAAAGGUUAUCAAUAUAUUUGAAAAAAAAAAGUUAUCAACUAUGGUAUAAUUGAAAAAAAAAGUUAUAUUUUGUAUAAUUUGGAGUUUUAUGAUGUACGGUCUUUGAAAUAAUAUCUAAUAUUGUCAACUAAUUAAAUUAUAAUUUGAGCUAAAUUUGCACCUAGAGUAAUAAAAUUUAUGAAAUAGUCUUAAGCGAUAUAGAUAUAGAACGCAGUCACUUUGGGGCCGUCCCCAAUAAUCGGUCUUGAUCGAAAACUUAUCUUUGAAUCCUUGUUCAAUGGACAUGUCAGAAGACAAACGAGAAUUUUGGAUGAGGACCGAUUACUGGGGACGGCCGGGGAAAGAGGCGCUCCAUAUGUUGAUACCAAUUGAAACAGAUUGAGACUCGUGUGUGAGCUCAAGGCAACCACUAGCCGCGGGCCCUUUCCCCCAGGACUGCAUAGCACGUAACUAAAGCGUCGGCCGCUGGCUUCGGUCGCAGCCGACGCUGUCUAAGCAAUUCGGAUACGAAUGUUUAUUCCUAGAACAUAAGUUAACCACGUUUUGUUUGCGUCACACGCCAAAUUAUCUUUCAGUUUCGCGUUCCAAUAAACCCCUAUGUUAGUUAGGUAUUACCGAGGGUGACCGUGGCCGGGCGGAGGCGAGCCGGCGCAGCGCCGCGGCCCCAGGUGCCUCCAUCCGCCGCGUGGCCUCGCCACCCGCACGGCCGGCCCGCCUCCGCCUCGACACAACUGCCCUCCCUGCCGAAAAAGUCUAAAUUAGAAUAGGUUGGAUCUCAAUGGGUUUAAUAAGACUAAACUACUCGAGUUUACUCGUUUUAAACCCGCUCUUGUUAGUUGGUAUUAUACGUAGGGUACGUCUAGCAUAGUAUUACGUAGGACGAUUUACCAUCAGCGUUGCAUCACGCUCGUCCUUUUGAACAUCUAGAUGCAGUAGCAGCCUGGUGGAGACGGGUCGCGCGGCGCACGGAGUACAUCCAGUAUGCGGUCCUCUCUCGCAUCCUGUGAUGCGCCCCAUGCGACCGCGCGGCCCCGCGCCCCCGCGCCCCCGCGCCCCCGCCACGCCCCACCGCCCGGGCGGCCAGGCUCAUUGCUACGCCGCACGCUCAUGCCGCCUUUUAGGAUAGUCUAGGUUAGUCACCGGUGAAGGAAAACAUCGCAUCAAACCCGCGCAAUCACGAUACGGUGCCCUAUAAAUUGUUAAAAGACUAUAUCGCUGAAUAUUUAGGACGCGUUUAGGAUUCUAAGGGAAAUCAGAUGAGUUCAGAAGAAUAUGCUACUUAGGCUUAUUUAAGAUGCACUAGUUACGCGGUAUUUGAUUCCUGGGUACCCACCGGGGGGUACGGCGAAUCAAUUUACCGUGGUCUGCUGGAAUAAAGUUUAUAUAGUUUUAAGGCCCCAAAAAAAAUAUAAAAAUCAAAAAUGUAAAAAAGAAUUACUUUCAAGUCUGUUUCGUUAUGUUCGUUACGUGGAAACUAAAUGUUAAAUGUAUUGAUGUCGUGUGCUUAGCAUUAAGUUAAGUUACGGAAUGUACUACCUCAUCAACUGUCUGAAGAACUCGAACGCCGCAGCGAGUGGCAGGCGGCCGCUGACUCUUGUUGCCAGAUGUUGUCUCCGACAAUACUACACCAACAUCCACCCCACCGGCCGCUAUGCCACCCGCCGCACACUUGCCCCCGCGCCCGCCGCGGCGACGUGGGGACAGCCCCCGCGGGACCCUCGCGGUGACUGUUCCCAAGUCUGUCCACCAGAUGGAAACUGUCAAGACUCCUCCUACUAUCCUUCCUUCAUAUUCGAGUAUAAAUGUGCAACUGUUGGGCCAAGGGGCAUUCGCGGCAGAGGAUAUCGCCGCUACGACUGCGGCCGCGCAACGUCUUGUGACUAAAGCGAGUUGGUAAAAUUAGUACAUUUCUUUACCUGAUGAAAUGUACUAAUUUAAGUUUUGAGUUUAAUUUGUCUUAUUUAAAAUGGAUUAUAGACCGUCUUGUUUCAGUCACAUAACGAUCCACUGCGGCGAAUGCCCCUUGGCACAGGGUACACCCUUAGCCCUAGCAUAUACAAGUCAACCGGACUGAAAUCCGAACUACUAGACUAAGCUGACUCAUUGUUUGCGUGUGACGCCUUUACAUUAAUUUCUAUUUCGGGGUUACUUCGGCUAGCUUCGAAAUACAAAAAAAAACUAGAUUUUAAUUUGAUGCAGAGGAAAAAUAUUUUAUGACAUAACUAUAAGUAGCAAUAAAAAUGGAUGUUGUCUGUUCGUUCCCUGCAGUUUAGUUCGGGGGGGCCGAGCUUUCUUCGGUGUAUUGUGAUGUUCGUGGUCUUGUUAUGUAAUGUUCGUUCGUUGUAUUAAUGAGUUGCUACUGUUCUGAAUUUAUAUUUUGUCUAUUAAAGCUAUGUAUUCGGUGUGA